GGGCUUGCAGCUACUUCACGAGACGACAUGGCCUUGUUACCGGCCGGAGGGGCGCGCCGCCCAGAGAGUCGGGCUGAGUCCACCACCUCUCGAUCAAUGUGAGUCGCUUCCGUCCGUCUGGGUGUGCGACAACAACGUCAACACCUACCUCUCUUUUCCUUUUUCACGCCACCUUUUUUUCUUUUACUUUUCUUUUCUUUACUUUCUUUUUUUAUCCUUUUUCCCCUUCACUCACAACCUACAACCCACCCAGUCACUCGACCCGCUCCCUGCGCUCCACAGACCUCACCCACGUCUGCGAAAAUGGCCGCACCUAUCCAAACAACUCCUACUACAUGCCAUGCGACGCCCUGGAGCAGACACGUCUCGAGAUCCUCCACCGCAUCUUCCUGACCGCGCUGUCGGGCGCCCUGACCACCGCGCCCCUACCGCCCGGCAUUCAACGCGUGCUCGAUGUCGGCACGGGCCCGGGAGAAUGGGCAUGCCAGAUGGCCGAGCAGUUCCCCGAUGCCGAAAUCGUUGCUGUCGACCUAGCGGUCUGGGACCUACCCGCUGCCAACCAUGGCGGCGCCGACGCCUCGGACUCGGACGCCGACGGCAGUGACGGCGAGGCCUACACCUGCGCCGACAGGCCCAACGUCGUCUGGGAGAUUGACGACCUUGAAGUGGCAGCAGAAUCAACCGAUUAUCGUGACCGCCUCGACAAGGCCGCCCACGAGAUGCACGCGCUGUCGAUCGAUCAGGGCUAUGCAAGCGGCAGCACCGGGCCCUUGGAGCCGACGACCAUGUCAGAAACGUUCGUUGCCGAGCCAUCAUCGGGAGAGAGCAACGACGAGGCACCGGCAGGCGGCUGGAACUUCUCAGAGCCUUUCGACUUUGUGCACCUACGCAACAUGAAGGGGGCGUUCAGCGAUUGGGGCGCCGUCUACCGCGAAGCGUUUGAGAGCUUGGCACCAGGCGGGCUGCUCGAGGUCGUAGACCUCAUGAUGGACCUGGAUGGGGGCAACGGCAGCGGGGACUUUGCGACGUCAGCGCUACGCGAGCUGGUAGCGGCGACGGUGGAAGCGGCAGCGGCGGCGGGGCGGCCGCUGGGGCUGGCGCACUUGGAUCGCGCGCAGCUCGAGGAGGCCGGCUUUGUCGACGUGCACCGGACCGUUGUGGACGUGCCCAUGGGCCCAUGGCCCGCAGAUGAACGGCGUGCCGUCAUGGGAAAGAUGUGGCUAGUGGCCUGUGCCGAGGGCAUCGAGGCCUUGUGCCUGCGGCUACUGACGCGCACGGCGGGCUGGAGCGUUGAGCGGGUGCGGGAGCGGGUUGGGCGUGCUCGUGAAGAGCUGCUUAUGGGCCGCCAUGGCGGCGUGCGUACCGAGAUCUGCUUCGUGACGGCGCGGAAGGCGCGCCGGCGGAAAUGAAGACUGACUGGCACCUUGUGCGGUCGCUGGCGUGC